UUAAAGCUGUGUAUUUAGCGCGAAAUAUCUGUAUACAAUAAAACAGAUCGUUUACUUUGAUCAAUUACAUUCAAAAUGUUGUUCUCAAAUGAAAAUUCAAUAAAAAAAACUACAGAUAAUUAUCAACGAUUAUCUACCGCAACAUUUGUUGAUUCAUCUGUGCGAUUUCAAUUGAAAGACAAGAAGACUGAUUACAGCAAGCAAUUUGCGCACAUAUAUGCUCAACGGCUAGAUCAAAUGCGACCACUUCUUCAAGCAAAAGCCGCUGAAAAAUGGGGUGACAAAUAUCCAAUAAAAAAGAUGGCAGAUUUGCGUGAAGACAAUCCAGAAAAAUGUGUUAUUCUUGGCACCACAUUUGUUCAUCAAAAAUUAAAGCCGAGCAUUUUGCGUGAGAUUUCAGAAGAGACACAAUUAACACCGCAACCAGUUCGACAGAAUUUCGCCGAUGAAUCAGACAUGGUUAUUUUGGAAGAUGAAGUUCAACGCAUUCAAUUGCUAGGUGAAUUUCCAGUUCAUCAAUUUGUUACUGGUAUUGUUGUCGCUGUUUUGGGAACUGAUUGUUAUGAAAACGACGAAGGAAAGUUCGUGGUUGAAGAUCAUAUGUUUUACGAAUGUGGUCCACAGAAACCGCUGAAAGAGUUGACGUCGUCACCGUUGCUGGUCUUUGUUUCUGGACUGGAUCAAUCGGCCACGCAUGAUUUUACGAUGUCACUUGAACUCUUUCAACAGUGGUUGUAUGGAAAUUUGCCGAAUUUCGAUAAAGACAUGGAUUUUGAGGCGUCGAAUGUGGUUCGUGUUAUUGUGGCUGGUAAUUCGGUGCGUACAACAAUGGAAGUGCGUGCAAAAACAAUCUUAAUGCGUCAACCCGAGUCGACGGUUACACUGCAAGCGGUUAAAGCUGUCGAUGAUCUUCUCUAUGGAUGGUCACAAUCGGUAAAUGUCGAUUUGAUGCCUGGAGAAUUUGAUCCAUCGAACUGCAUGUUGCCGCAACAACCCAUGCAUCAUUGUAUGUUUCCAAAUAGUGCACCAUGCGGUGCAUUUAAAUGCGUCACAAAUCCGUAUGAAUUUUGUAUUGAGGAUCGCCUUAUACUUGGCACAUCCGGCCAAAAUGUGACCAACAUUCAAAAAUAUUCACACAUCGAAGACACGCUUGACGCCUUGAAAUCGAUCGCCAAAUGGAGCAUUUUGGCACCAACCGCCCCAGAUACUCUUCCAUGUUAUCCGUACUAUGAUGAUGAUCCGUUUGUCAUUAAACAAUGUCCAAACAUACUGUUUGCUGGCAAUAUGCCCGAAUUUAAGACUGGAUUUUUUGAAGGACCCGAUGGACAGAAGAGUCGAUUAAUUUGCGUCCCAUCGUUUUCUCAAACCGAAAGUGUGGCCGUUGUUAAUUUAAGAACCUUGGAAUGUAAACAGUUGUGUUUUAAAUUAAAAGGUUUCGAUGAAAUUGAAAUGUAAGCUAAAAAUUAUGAAAGUAAAAAACUGUUCGUUCUUUUUAUUAAAAUACUUUUAUUGUUGAAUACAGUUGUAGCUAUAAGUAAGGUUAACUCAUGGAAUGAAAACAAGCUAUAGAAUUUCGAAAUAAAAUAUGAAAAAGCAAGCAA